AAACGGUAGACUAGACAGUUGGCACACUUCCAGUUGUUCGGUCUUCUGUAAGAAUGAAGAACAAAAAAAAGACACCGCAGCCACCAACACUUAGCCCCACUCCUCACAUCCCGUCUCGUCAGAAAGAAAAAAAAGAGCAGCGCGCCUGGAGUGUUUCGCGUCAUCGCCUUCCAGGCACCGACUAUUUAAAUUCCGCAGAAGUGCAAAGCGAGCACACUUACGGCGCACUGACGAAACAAGACGGCCGCUUUGCUAAAAAAAAGUCCUCUUCGUCCUCCAGGAAUCAGCAGCGGUUGUGGAAGUGUCAAAUCCGGAACUGCAGCCCCCAUGCUUAUAAUGGCUGUGUUAAACGCUACAGAGUUCGCCAUCGCCCCCUCAGUGACUGGCAGUUCUGCAGCUCCUGGCACAGUUAACAUGAAGGAAAGGGGACACGAGUAUCUCUACAUUCUUAUAGUGCUGUCCUUCUAUGGAAUAUUCCUAUUGGGGAUUAUGCUCUUCUAUAUGAGAUCUAAGAAGAGAGAGAGGAAUAUGUUUCUACUGUAUGAGGAAGAAGAGAAGGCAUGGGGGGGAGUAGUGAAGAAACACAGUCUUCCCACUAUCUCUGGCCUCCGAGGUGUCCACCUCUCCUUGCUCCCUGGCUUCGGUGCCUUAUCUGAUGGGAUGGUGCCAUCAGCAUUCUCCUGUACACUGUGCACGCUGGAGGAAAGCAGCAACAGUUCGGUGUGCUCCUCACCAGACCUGCACCCUGCAAUUGAGGAAGAAGAGUCCGACAUUGGCAUUGGUGAACCCUCACAGGCCCUUCUCCCUCAUUCUUUGGAAGCCAUCAAUGAAAUGGCCUGCUAGCAUUUCUGGGGCAUGAAACCCCUAUCAAAUAAAAGAUCUUCCAUUCUGAUGUUGCCAGUAAACAAUUCUUAGUAACCUGAUUUUGAAAGUAACACCAGCUGGGGACAAAUCUUUUGGUGAAGUGGUAGCUUAAAUGGUCUCUCUAGCAGAUGGCUGUACACAACUGUAUUUCUAAGGUUUAUCCAUCAAGAUUGCUUUUGUGUGAAAAUGAGAACAUUUAGGAGAUAGUAAUGCUCACUUACUGUAAAGAUCUGACUAUCAAACCUCUUGCUGAUUUGGAGUAAUGAAGUAUUAGAGUCACACGGUAGUGUUGGUGCAAUGCAGGCACCAACCUUAGGUGGAGUGCCAGUCUUCUCUGAUAAAUGCACUCAGAAUUAUUCACAACAGGACAGCACAGAGGUACCAGUUAACCAGAUAGUACAGGACUUCAGUAUGUGGGAGAAACCAGAGGACCAGGGGCAAAACAAAGCCUGAAUCUGGACCAGAAUUUGAACCCAGUCUCUUGGUUGCAAUCACAUUUACCCAUAGACAUCAGGGCAAGAAAAUAGUCUAAUGAAGCCAAGUGGAACAUUUUCUGAACCUACAGAUUCUAUUAUGGAUGGAAGAUGGGGACCAACUCUGGAUGGGACUUAAGUCCAUUGAUCCCAGGUUUGCUGACAUUGUUCUCAUUUAGGACAAAUGCGUUCACGCUGUGAAAGGAAAUGGGGGUCUAUGCAGGAAACCUUCAUGUACACAGAAGGAGCUUGCAAAUCCCACACCAACAGCACUCCAGGCCAUAUCACCAUGUUGCACCAUCUGGAACACAUCAGCUUGGGUUGCUGGGAGAGUUUCUUUUCAUAUUAACUUUCUACUGAAGUGUGUCUUUUCCGGUUGAAAAAAAGAGACACAUUUCUAUUUCCCUGGAAUCACUUGAAUAAAAGAUAUUUUAUACAUUAUGCAAAAUUUGCUGUAUGAAAGAUGUAAUUAAUUUUGUUUUUGUGUAGAUAUUGUAUUAUAUUGUAUAAAAUUCAAUCAUUUCAAAUGUAUGUAUUUAAGUGUUUUGCUGAGACGGUCCUCUUAUUUAAAUUAAAUAAA